AUGGGAAGACAACCUUGUUGUGACAAAGUUGGUUUGAAAAAAGGUCCAUGGACAGCAGAAGAAGAUAAAAAACUCAUCAGUUUCAUCCUCACUAAUGGCCAAUGUUGCUGGAGAGCUGUCCCUAAGUUAGCAGGGUUGUUAAGGUGUGGAAAAAGUUGCAGACUCAGAUGGACAAAUUACUUAAGGCCUGACCUAAAGAGAGGACUUUUAUCAGAAUAUGAGGAGAAAAUGGUCAUUGAUCUUCAUGCUCAACUUGGAAACAGAUGGUCAAAAAUUGCUUCUCAUUUACCCGGAAGAACUGAUAAUGAGAUUAAGAAUCAUUGGAACACACACAUUAAGAAAAAGCUUAAGAAAAUGGGAAUUGAUCCUGUAACACAUAGGAUAUUAUUCACUAAUGAAAUAGAACAACCUCAAACAAAACCAGAACAACAACCUCAACAAAAUCAAAAAGAAUCUUCCCCUAUUGAAGAACAAGACACAAAGGUUGAAUAUGAGAAUGACAAAAACAAAGAACCACAAAAUCCAGAAACUUCAUUUGAUUCAUCAACCAUAACUGAAGAACAUGACCAAAUUAUGACACCACUCUUUGACUCAUUGGAACUAAUGAAUGAGUUCUUAAUUGAAGAAGUUCCAAUAGUAAAACCAGAUGAAAUUCUAGCUCCAUGUGUUUGUUCAUCUUCAUCAACAACAACUAUAACUACAACAGCAUCGUCAUCUUCUUCAAAUUCAUCUAACUUUCUUGAAGAUUUACUACUAUCUGACUUUGAUUGGUCACAAGAUAAUAAUAACAUUGAAAAUAGUGAUAAUAAUAAUAAUAAUAUUAAUAUUAAUAUGGCAUUAUGGGAUGAUGACUUUAUUAGAAAUUGGGAUUUUGUGAUUAAUGAUGAUGAUAUUGGUGACAGAAAGCAAGUAUUUGAUGCUCCUCAAAAUCAGUAUCCAAGAGUGGUCAUGGAUUCAGAAUCAUGGGCUUAUGGAUUGUUUUGA